AUGUCAGAGAAUAAGAUCGAACCCAAGCCUGGUGGAAGAGGGUCUAGAAGGUCAUCAAAGAAGCAGAAGGAUGGCCAAGAUAACCGCAGCUCGCCACAGCUGCUCGAGAUCAACAAACUAAUCAAAAAGUUCAAGCCGAUCACAGUUAAUGGAAUACCCGUUAGUUCGCUUUCCAAGCCCCUGGAUGAAUUCCUGACCAUAGCCACCGCCGACAAGUCAAACGACCUGUACCUUUCCUUUCUCUUAAAACCCUCGGAUCCUGACUUUCCCUACGAUCUGGACUUUCUGAACCUCUCGCUCUGCAUCCCUGGCACAUACCCAUACAAAGGCAAAACCCCGUCGCUUGUGGUUCUCAACGACGACAUUCCGCGAGGAUACAGUGUGAAUGUGGAGAUCGGGUUUCGCGAGAUUGCCACGCUUGCAAUGGAGCGAAGGAAAAAGAGGCCUGUAGAGUCUGAGCUCCAGUUGGUGUCCGGCAACGACUUGCUAAGCAUGGUGUUGACCCUGGACAAAUAUUUGGAGAGGUUUCUGUCUAUGGAGAAGAAAGACACCAUUAAGUUUGUGAAGACAAUAAGGAAAGAGGCUAAGCCGCAAAAACAGGAUAGGAAGGAAAAGGAGAAGCCCGUGGAAAACUCGUUACGGGCUGCAGAGAUAGACAGAUUUCUCACAAGGCUGCAGUCUCUUCAAAUAAAUCUGUUCAAGGAGACCAACCAGAACUCGAUCUACAAGUUUGAGCUGCCGUUCGAGGACGACGCGUUCACCAUCGCCAUAGACAAUCUCCAGGACAUUGUGAUCCAGAGACUUGCUGUGAAACUCAGCAUACCGAAAGAUUAUCUCGUGAACGAAAAACGAGGAAUUAAACUAGAAAUAGAUCUUUCCAACAGCAGCAACAUGCAACUGAUCAACUCCAUCGAAGACAAGAACCUCAAGCUGAUAUUCGGCAAGCUAAUCAGCAACAUGAACGCCAACUUCAGCCAUGCGUCUGUGGAAAUGGUGAAAGCGAAAAACACUAGUCUCACGUCGCAAAUCAACAUGUUUGUGCAGAACAUCGAAAAGUUCCUUCGUCCGCCCGCGGACUUUGCUCGCUGGCUGGGAGCCAACGAGACGCUUAACGAGGAACUACAGGCUGCAUAG